CGGUCUCACACAUGGGAUCGGUGAUCGGUCUGUCCGCCUCCUGCAGCCCGGUCAGGCACCGCCACACGCGCCCACAACACGUCCCGCGCCGAUUAUUGUUUUUAUUCCAGCAGACAGGGUUUUAUUCUAAGGGCUGUGAUCAUUUUAUAAUCUGAGUGUUUCCAUGUAGCUGCAGAGCCGAGGACUCACCAACUACAUUCACACUUUUCCUUCCCCACAUUUCCUUUUGGUUUUAUUUCUUCUUCUUCUUCACUUGUGUUUUUUCGGACCCCGGCUCGCCCGAUGCAAGGAGGCGUGAUGGAGAAAAUGUCCCGACAUCCCAUCCCGCUCAAUCCAAGUUUUCUGCCCUCAGCGACGCACGGAGUGCUCAAGUCUCUGCUGGAGAACCCGAUGAAGCUGCCGCUACAUCAUGAAGCUUUCAGCAAGGAGCAGGAGAAGGAGAAGAACCUUGAGGAGGAGCGUAGCGCCCCCCAGUCAGCCUUCCUCGGCCCCACGCUGUGGGACAAGACUCUGCCGUACGAUGGAGACACCUUCCAGCUGGAGUACAUGGACCUGGAAGAGUUCCUGUCUGAGAACGGCAUCCCCUCCAGCCCCUCCCAGCACCACCACCAACUCAACCAGCACCAACCACACGCUCCGCCACGCCAGCCGCCAAUUAUGUCCCAAGCCGCGCCCACGUCGUCACCCUCUGUGAUGGACCUCAGCAACCACGCCUCCACCUCUGUACACACAAGCGUCGUCUCUCCAAACUGCCUGCACAGCAGCCCCGCAAGAGCAGGCCUCCCGAGCUCCAGAAACACUCCCAGCCCCAUCGACCCAGACUCCAUCCAGGUCCCUGUCGGGUACGAGCCCGACCCGGCCGACCUGGCUCUGUCCAGCGUGCCGGGUCAGGAGAUGUUCGACCCGCGCAAACGCAAGUUCUCGGCCGAGGAGCUGAAACCACAGCCCAUGAUCAAGAAAGCUCGCAAGAUCUUCAUCCCAGAGGACCUGAAGCAGGAUGACAAAUACUGGGCCAGGCGCAGGAAGAACAACUUGGCGGCCAAACGGUCCCGGGACGCGAGGCGGCUCAAAGAGAACCAGAUCGCCAUCCGAGCCGGCUUCCUGGAGAAGGAGAACUCGGCCCUGAGGCAGGAGGUGGCCGAGCUGAGGAAAGAGCUGGGACGCACCAAAAACAUCCUGGCCAAGUACGAGGCACAGCACGGGCCGCUGUGAGGACACACAAACACACAUAUAUAUAUACACAUAUACAUAUAUAUAGACACGUAUACACCAACACGCGUUCUGAGAUGAUGAUCCUGCCUCCUCCUGAUCCACCAGCGACCCUCCUUUCACACUCCUGAUGGCUCCGCUCACGGCAGCUGAAAGGUUUAGAUGCAAAAAAUGUACUUUUAAAUAUAUUUCAGCUUUUCAUCCUGUCUGACAUGACGGUGAAGGUUAUACUGUGGACCAAUCAGUGCACUGUUUAUAUGAAUGUAAACAUGGAGGGAGAGAAACGAUCCGUCUGGUGUUACUCUGUGUUUCUCAGCAACACUUUGGACCUCCUCUCUGCCGUGACUCCUUCUGUUUGAAAGUGUCCAGCAGUGAGAUGUGUGAAUUUUGACGUCAUUGUUGUGCAUAAAAACAUGGCGGCAUCAAUGAAAGGAAUCGAUAAGCUCAGAGGCAGACGAUUCCAAUAGAUCAGGACCAGUUUGGAUUCUUAACUGGAGCCGUGAUGAAACAAGUGGGGCGAACAGUUAGUGUUCGGCUACAUCCGGCAACAAAAGCAAUUUGCGUCAACUCGAUCUUUAAAAGGCUGCUAGCUGCUAUUGACCUUGCUAGCUAGCUUCCUGCAAGCGUCUGGCGUUAUUGAGUGGGUCAUUUCAUCAGCAGACGUGGAAUCCUGUCCCGUCGUCAUGCAUCUUAAAAUUUCAAAUAUGUGCGUUUGAACAGCCGCCAUCUUGCGCCCCGCGAACUGAUCAUAACAGUAGGUUCCUGCCCAGUCACGGCUGCUCUCAGACCUGUCUCUGUGGCACAGAGGACCAAAACGUCGGGCUGUAGACGCACACACGCAGAGAACUUCGUAGACACAUUCACUGUUCGUCUGAAGAUGAAGAGAAACACAGAAUAUCACCAGAUUUAUAUUUUAGAUGACAAGAAACAAAGAAGCACAGCACUGAAGAUGACUCCGCGGGUUUUAUUGUUCAUCUCUGGCACCAGAUUAUUCUCUCUGUCUGAGCCAGGAGUGUUAUCAGCGUCUUUAUAACAUCCCAGCUAACUCCUGUCAUCUGUUUCCAUGGUAACAGUCACCCAGCAGCUGCUUAAAGCUGCUCCUGAGCGACGGCCGUGAGUUGAGCCCAUUAUUCAGGAUUAUUAAACACACACACACACACACACACACACACACACACACGUCUCUUUGUGAAUUCUCCUCAUGGACUCCUCUUUGGGUCACUAACACUAAACUGCCGCCCCACCUGACAUCUAACCUCUGACCCCUCCUCCUCCUCCGCCUCCAGUGUACAAUAAUGGCACUUUAGAACAACCGAUGCCUCGCUCUCUGCCGACCCCUAACCCUCACAGACUCCGCCCCCCCCCCCGAGGUGUGCAGGUCCCACACUGCACCUGUUCACAUGUACAUACCUGCCUUCGUUCUGCUCCUGAUGACUCUGUAUAUGAAUGUGGUCCGCCUCUUGCCGCUCUGCUAUUGGUCAAUCAGCGUCUCUACUGAAGUCUUUUUGGGGCCCUCAGCAGUAUUUUUAUGGAUAUUUAUGGACAGUGCAAAGGAUGUGAUGACUUUAAGAUGCACUCACUGAUUUUGAUAUAGUGUCCCAAAAUGCCAAAAGAAAUGUAUAGCUCCCCCCGAAAUGUAUUUUUUAUACCCUCAUGAUUUGUUAUAACCCAAAUUUGCCCCUAAAAUGUUUUUCUUAUAAUCAUCAAAUGUGCUGUAACAACAUCAGGGAGUGUAUCUGUUCUUACUUUAAUCAUGACAAGCAGUUCAGAGAGGAACCCAAAGAGAGUCGACACUUUAAGUUUGUUUUAGGGGCCCCUGGUGGCCACCGGCAGCCUCUUAGUCUGGCUCAGGCUCAUGUACAGUUUCAGCUCACACUCACAGGUCUGACGAUCGGACGCCAACAGACAGACAGGUGGAUCUGAGGUGGAUCCAGACUGCAGCAACACAUUUUCCCUUCAGUUCAGUAUCUUCAGUGUUUGUACAUCGACUGUAUCGACCCGUUUAUCUGUUUGUCUCGUUGCGUUGGAGACGAGCUUUAUGAACCUUUGUGAAUCUUCACUGUCCACGUGUUAAAGUCCUGAGUUUGAUGUGACGCAGACGCUGUAGAAAUCUCAGCACCGCCGCCUCUCUGCCCGGGAGGAACUGUUGGACACAUCACAGUGAUGUAGAGAUCCAGGUUUCAUUCACGGAUUUAAAAAAAAAAAACAAAAUUCAGAAAAAGUAAAAAUUGGAUGAUCUUAUUUGAACAGAAUGUCUUGUAUGAAGAAGAUUAUUUCUGUGUGCAAGAAAUUUUGUGCAAACAAGCGUAGGUGUAGAUUAGUAAAGACAUUUACACCAUGAAUAAAUGCAGAAAAGGUAAAAACUUGUUUAUUAAAAUGAACCAGAAUGCAGGAAAUCAAGUGUUUGAUGCUCAAGAUUUUCAGAUAGAGGACCCCCACCUAAACAAGUUGUGCACGCAAGAUCAGUUUUUGUGCAACUUAAAGUUAAUAACUUGUGCUUGUGAAAUGAUAUCUUGUGGAAACAGGAUCAUAGAUUUUAUAUCUUGUGUGAAUAAUAACUUCUUCCCUGAAGAUUCAAAAUUGUGUCUCGCAAGCUCAAAUAAAUACUUUUUGUGAACAAGGUUGUAUCCUUCAUGCACAAUACAGGAUAUCUUGUGUGAACAAGAUCGUUUAUUUUAUGUGAGAUAAUUUAUUCAAACAUUAUUGCGCAUUAAAGAUAAUAUCGUAUGUGCAAACAAGAUAAUAACUUGUGUUUGCAAAAUAAGAACAAGAUCAUAUUUUGCACGCUCAAGAUUGUUUUUGUUCUGUGCGACAGAAUGACUUGUGAGCACAAGAUAUUUUCUUGUGUGUGUGCAAUUAUCUUCUUUUAAUCAUCUUUCAGGACCUCAGGGGGCCGCCUCCAUAUGAAAAUUUAAUUUGAGUUUCUUGCUCUCAUUUUGAAAAUGUGAGUCAUGUUAGUUACUUUACUGUCCAAACGUCCUGCUGGCACAAUCAAAGUAUUUCGCUCUCACUGGUCUCGUUAACGGACGGUAGAUGUGACUGAAAACAGGAUGAGGAGGGCGUGUGCAGAGAUUUCUACAGUGCUGAGCUAGUUGGCACAAACUGAACGGUUACCUGACGUGCCAGGUGGUGUCACAGCUGAUGUCACACACCCUCAUGCAACAGAGACAGUGACGCAGGAAGAUGAACGUUGCUGUUUCCAGAACUCUGUUUUUUGGAUGUUGUUUGACAGAUGAAUCUAAUGUGUCUGUGUGUUGUGUUGAGGACAAAGUGAAAGCUGAUGAACAGCCCACAGUGCGGCUGCAGUCUGCCGUGAUACAGGAAAGGAAAAACACAAUUUGACACAACCAAGGUCUUCAUCUCCAGAAAACAAAAACAAGAGGCAAAAAAAGAAAAUGUGAUAUUUGAUUUCUCUCCUUAAAAACACUCUGCUUUUGUCCUGAGAGGUUUUUUAUGAGCUCAGACGUUGAAAUGUUUCUCAGACGACACAGAGUCAGUUUAAAGACUCGCUGUUGUUUGAACGGGUCUUUUUGAAAUUCCUUCAGAAACCAAACGUGUGCAAUAGAUGGUUCUUCACGGCUUUGGCAUGAACUUUUUUUUUCUCUCGCAUAUUUCCGAAGUGUAGCUGAGAGACGAGUGCGCCCCCCGGUGGCCGAGUGAGACAUGAAUGUAUAUUUGAAACACAGUGCGUUGGGUGAGUGUUGUCGUCUUCUACUGUGGAAUCACUUUAGUACUCUUUACUACAGACCAAAAGAAUACAGUAUAUAAAUGAUAUAUUGAUAUAUAUUAAAGGUUUUAAUGUUUAUACAGAGAUAUUGUUUUUUUGUACAGUCUGUUUUCCUAAAUAGAUAUUUCCUGUGUAUUUUGGAAAGGGUUACAUGAAUAUAAGCAGUAUAUUACACAUAUAAGUAUAUUCAGAAAUAUUACCAAAACGGCGUGCCCGACCAGUCUGGGCGAUGCAUGGGCAUUACAGAAACCCUCCGAGAUCUUUUCCUCCCAGCGUAGUUGAAAUACCUCAAACCCUCCAUCACACCUGUGCAGGUGCUACAUCAGCUGAUUCAGCUGGUGGGUUGUUUUUGCACCAGGUACUCCGACACACUCUCCUCCAUAUAUAUAAAUAUAUAUAUAUAUAUAUACAUAUGCUUACGUAUGUACAGUUUUUUCAUUUGGCCCAGAGGAAUGUAUUCACCCAACCUGAAGCACUUUUUAUUUCUCUUGUUCCGUUUGUUUGCUGUGAUUUAUCUCUCUACUUCUUCAGAGCCUGUGCAGCUCUCCUCUGUUCGUUCAAAGAUAUUUUUUCCUAUAUUUGUCCUUGAUUAUGUUCUCAUGAUCAAAAUAAUAAUAAAUAAAUAAAGGUUCAAAUCCA